AUGCAUCUCUAUCCCUUCCAUGUAAUCAUCAUCGAGCCGGUGAUUCCCCAAUGGGGGGAGGACGACGAAUGGGGGUGGACAUUCUGGCUGUGCCUCCUCGUCGAGUUGAUGGGUUACGGCAGCUUCUUCGCCGCCGCAUUAACGGCAGUGUUGAUGCUGAUACCAGUGCGGGAUUCGACGACUCUUGGCGACAACCUGCGCCAGGAAUUGGAGAAUCUACGCAGAUCCAACACGCUGCCCACCCCGCUUGACUUUGUGCCGUAUGUGGGGGAAUGGUUGCGCGAUGAAUGGGACAACUGCGAGACGUACGACUGCGAUGAAAAGCGGGGCGACUAUGCAGCGUUCGUCGUCGGACGAGUGAUCGCCGGGUUUUGGACGGCUUUCAGCGUCGCAUACUGGUACUGGCGAUUCGGGCCCAGAUCGUUUGACGACGCCUACAAUUUCGCCGAAGAAUUCCCUCGCCGCCUCGAGAAGCGGGUUCCGGAUAUGGUCCGGCUAGAUUGGGGCAUGCUGCUUUACACGUGCGGCUUGUACAGUAUAACUGCUGUCUUCUCGAUGAGACGACCGAGAAAUGAGCAUGCCCGUCCGGGGAAAUGCUGCCCCCGUCAACCGACAAAGCAGAUGGUGGUCGCCUGGCGGUACAAAUGGCUCAAAAUGACGACACAGCAA